AUGGCUCCACUGCUGGCCAGUGAUGAUUCUGAUGAUGCAGACAAGAUGACAAAGCAACUCAGUUCACCCAAAAUGUGUCCCAGAAAUGACCUCAGUCAGGACGCUGUUUCAGAUGGAAAGAAAUCGACAACACAGCAGAAAGAUAGUCCGAUAAGGACAUAUAGCUAUAUGAGCCCAAUCAGCAGUGAUGUGGAUGAGAUUCCAGUAGAAAAGCCCCCAAGAAAAAAAAGCACUAAGCAAGCCAAGAGGCAGUAUAUGAAGUGUUUGCAUGAAGAAAAGCCAAGAGGAAGAAUAAAACGGCACAUUAAAAAAACACAGAGGAAUAAAGAUCCAAGUCCAGUUAAAAGUGAUUCUGAACUGGAAAAUGACGUUUCUGAAGAAUCAGGAAAGAAAAGGGAUCGGGUAAGAAUACAAGUGAGAACGUCACUAUGGGGGUCAGACAGAAAUUGUGUGACUGGUAUGGGAAGAUCUUGCAAGCGGCAAAACAAUAUCCAUGUUUCAAAAGACAGCGAUUCUGAAACGUUUUCUAAUGAGUUGAACAAAAAAGCACACACUUACAGGAAGUCAAAUCAGCAGUAUAAAGCAUUUAAAGAAAAGGUUGAGCGAAGAGAUGACAGUUUAUCUGACUUGGACAACAGCAGGCCAACAGCAGACCAAGAUCAAGCUGUAAAAGCUGAAACGACUGACCUUCACGUGCAGCAUAUCAAGCGCUCAUCACCUAAGAAAAAAGAGGGGCAGGUCCCUCGUAAAGCCAUUCCCAUCAAGUGUGAAAUAUGCAGUCGCAGCAUCCGGUGUAAAGCCAUACUGAAGAGGCACAUGCUCACACACACGGGAGAGAAACCGUUUAAAUGUGAAGAGUGCGGCAAGCAAUACACAAGCAGCUCCAACCUGCGCAUCCACCAGCUCAGCCACAGCGGCAAGAUGGACUACGUUUGCAAUGAGUGUGGCCAGAAGUUCACUCACUUGCCAUAUCUGAAAAGACACCUAUUGAGGCAUUCAGGAAAGAAGAUGCACGUUUGCGAACACUGCGGUAAAGGCUUCUUCCAAAAGUACCACCUUUUGCGCCACAUCCCGAUACACACUAGGCAGACGGCGCACAUUUGUGACAAAUGUGACAUGAGCUUUAACCGAACAGACUACCUGAAACUACACCUGCUCAAUGUCCAUCAGAUUGAAAGUAACAUGCCCGAGGUAAAAUUAAAAAAACACAAGUGUGAGAUGUGCGAUAAAUCCUUCGCCAACCCUGCGUCACUGGAAACCCACAAACGCAUACACACAGGGGUCAUGCCAUUUUCAUGUUCCACAUGCUCACGCCAGUUCAAACAGUCAAGUCAUCUGUAUUCACACAUGAUCACACACUCCAGCGAGAAGCCGCAUUCAUGUAACAUUUGUCAGCUGAAAUUCUCUCGCAAAAACUACCUGCGAAAGCACAAAGAAAGGAUGCAUAGUGCAGCCUUGAGCAGUGAAAAAGGAUUAAAUCAUGUCAUAGACUUUAAAUAAUUGAUUGUGGUCUGACAAAGUAUUAACAUUGACAGGGAUGUAUUGACUUUCCAUUAGUUUUUUUUAUUUAAAAUUCGUAAUAUUAGAUUGCCCUGUAGAUCUGCAAUCAACGCAUUAAGUUGCUAACUCUCCCCUCUCUCUCCCUCACUUAAACAAAAUAGACUUAUCUGUAAAACACCCCUUCUCUGCAAAACCCAAAUGAUAUGUGGUCAAUAAACCAGAACAUUUACAAAAGAUACAACAGUUCAUUUAGUUACAGUGGUGGUGUCUGAAAAAUAUGACAACAUAUACUAUUUAUUUUGUUGUUGUUGGUCUUUCGGCAGCUCCCAGCAAGGGGUCGCCACAGAGGACCAUCCGGUCCGCACAUACUGUACAAGUUUGGCACAGGUUUUAUGCCAGAUGUCCUUCCUGACAAAACCCUCCCAUUUUAUCCAGACCCUGUAUCCAGUGGUGCCAUGUAUUAUAUGUACUGUAUAUUUUUAUUGUACAUUUGUUUUUUCCCACCAUUUUGUUACAAUUUUAAAACCUUGAACCUUUUUAAAAGUUAUAACCUAAAUGUUUCAUACCUUAACAUUUAUAGCUUAAAAGUUUCACAACUUAUUGAACAUAAGUAAUUAAAUAUCCCAUUCCUUACAUAAUUAAUUUUCUCGCUUAAAAACCAAGGGCUAAAUUUUUACUUUACAUUUAGGCAUUUGGCAGACGCUCUUAUCCAGAGCGACUUACAUUUAUUUUUUUUUUAUCUCAUUACACAUUUCAGCAGUUAAGGGUUAAGGGCCUUGCUCAAGGGCCCAACAGUGGCAACUUGGCGGUUGUGGGGUUUGAACCUGGGAUCUUUCGAACCGUAGUCCAAUGCCUUAACCACUGAGCUACCCCUGGCUACUUUAAUUCAUCUUCCAUAAUUAUGUCUUCUAAACAAAUUUAGCAAAUGAUUCACUCCUACCACACGAAAUGCCAAUGUGUGAAUAGUUUAGAGUGCACUGCCUAUAGGAUUAUAAAGUGAUGUUGAGAAGUUGUGAGAACAUGAUCACAAGUUUUGUGACCAAUUAGCACACGUGGUGUUAUUUAACUGGUGUCAGAGUGUAAAGAAAAUGGCUGAUCAGAGGAUUUUUAACAUGCACAAUGUUUGAUAGUUUAACAUCAUUAAACAUGCGUUUCUGUUGCACCACUCAGCAGCUUGUACACUCCGCACAGAAUCAGUUAAGUCGAUGGCUGAUCAAGCUAAAAAAAAGCCAAUUUCGGUCACUAUAUGAACGUAUUAACAACAGAGAAACAUGAAAAAUCUGAACAGUUUUAUUAUUUAGCCAUUUAUUGGCAAAUUAAAUGUUUAUAUUACAUCACCUUAUUGUAGUACUGUAGUAUGUAAUAAGUUAAGAAAGUGUGGGUGUGCUUGUGGGCCAGUUAGCUACCAUCACACAAAGAAUUUAAAUUUUUGGAAAAUUAAUAGUUUAAUAUGUUUAAAUUGAUUCCAUGUUUGCAGGCUCAAAACAAUUAAAGGAAAACAGUCUAAGCAGAUAUUUUUUAAAUAUUGUAAUAAUAAAAAAAAAAUAUAUAUAUAUAUAAUAUAUUCCCAAAAAAUCCUAUUAAUUCUAGUACAGUGUGCAGUUCUGCUGUUUAAAUGAGAGUAGCAGAUGAGAAACCUGGAAAAACUGCAAAUGGUUCAUUUUGCUUCCUCAUGUUCAAUCUUUCA